CUUGUAAUUGCGACGUUGUCAAGAAAACUGUCAAACAGAUCUGAAAUCUAGCUAGAAGAUCUCUGCCACCGAAUUGAAAAAGGGUUUUCGGGAGAGGCCAUGGCUACAACGUCUCUAAACAGCUGUGAAAGCAAGAGGAAGUCUAUCAAAACCGAAGGCAGCUUGGUGAAAGACAGGUUAAGUGAUUUGCCAUGCGAUGUGUUAUGUCGGAUCCUCUCUCAACUCUCUACCAAGGAAUCGGUUAGCACUAGUAUCUUGUGAGGCGUUGGAAAGAUCUCUGGUCACAGGUUCCUGUUUUGGAUUUGGGUUACGAUAAUUUCAAAGAUACUGAUUUCGAUUUGAUGGGCUUUAUAGAUUGUUUUUUGGAACCUGACCUGGCUUUAGAUUCGUUCAAGUUGGUUUAUGAAGUUGAUGUUGAGCACUGUCCUGAUAGUUUUGUGUCCACGAUAGAUGAAGUGGUUGAGCGUGGAGUUAGUCAUCUAACUAUUAUGAAUAUGGUGUCUGUUGAAGAUAGACUAUGUAUCUAGAGGGGGUCAAGUUUGAUGGCCUUGCUGUUCUGGAGAAACUCAUCUCAAGCAGUCCGGUUCUGGAGGAUUUAACCGUGAUUACAUAUCCUAUGGACUAUGUGGAAGUUAUAUGUGUUCGUUCUCAAUCACUGAAAAGCUUCGGACUAGAGUCUCAGCGUAAUCCCGAGGAAGAACAAGAUCCCGAUGUUGUAAUCGAUGCUCCAAGACUCGAGUACAUGAGUGUCAGUGAUUACCGGCCUGAACGCUUUGUCAUACGUAAGAUUGGCCCCUACGCAAAGGUUGACGUCGAUGUGAUGUUUGACGUCGAUGUUAUGUUUGACGACAGCGACCUUGAUGAUCCUUUGGAGGCAAAGAAGAUCCGUAAAUUCCUCUUUGGAAUAUCCAAAUUUCACGAGGUGGCCAUAUCUGCUGGAACCCUAGAGGUCAUCCAUGAGUACUCCCAGGUGGGAAAGUUGCCUAAGUUUCUCAAUUUGACUCGAUUGGAUGCUUCACUAGUGAAGUCUUCGUGGGAAUACCUACCAGCCUUUUUGGGAUGCUGUACGAAUCUAUAUUCGCUGAUUCUGGAACUUGACCGUAUCCUAGAGAGAGAGGAGAUUGAACUAUCACCAGUGCCUCAAUGUGUCUUAUCCUCACUCCACUCCCUUCAGCUGAAGACACCACAAACAGUGAGUAAAAUGAUGCUAGUUUCGUAUUUUAGGAACAACUGUAAAGCCUUGAGGAAAAUACUUUUAAGUGGGCUGUAACAUCAUCAAGAGAAGCGAAAGGAUAUAUAUCAAGGAGAGGAGAUAUAUAGUGUAAUGUUGUUGUUAUGCGUACAUUAUAUUGUUGUCUCACCUAAAUUCAGUUUACCUUACCAACAGUUAU